AUGAAGAUGAAUUUGUCCUGGAGCUCCUGGCCGCGGUCACAGCAGCUACUGAAGCAUGGACUCCAGAGACAAGAACAGUUCGGUGGUGUCUCCCACUCGUCCUCCUCCUGCUACCUCCUCUCCUCCUCACCCUCGGUGAGCCAGGGAAGUCCGGGUAGUGCUUGGUUAAGUGGCAGUGAGAAUGGGGAGGGGCAAGACGGGGAGGGGCAAGACGGAGUUGUGAGGUUGGUGGCUUGGGCAAGAGCCAGAAAAGCCAGAGGCAAGGACAGAAUUAAAACUGAGACCCGAUCCAGGGAGGUGGGGCAAGUAGAAAGAGGUCGGAGCCUAGGCUCCCUGGCGUGUGCUCAAUCACUUACUGCUGCUACUGUGCUGUCCAUGCUGCGGCGGACGCAGGAGCCGGGACAGCGAGUUGGGGAAGCAGAGCUGGGAGGAGGAGGAGGCAGAGGUUGCAGCGGCUGGGGACUGGACACAGCCCUCCGCGCCACUCGGCCCUUUUGGGUGGACCCAGCGCUGUCCAGCGUGCUGAUCGUGACCACUGUUGUAGACCUCGUGGGCAACUCGCUGGUAAUCCUGUCGGUGUUAAGGAACCGCAAACUCCGGAAUACAGGUAAUAUGUUCUUGGUGAAUCUAGCUUUGGCAGACCUGGUGGAUGCCUUGUACCCCUACCCCCUGAUCCUGAUGGCCAUUCUCCACAAUGGCUGGGCCUUGGGAGAGAUACACUGCAAAGCCAGUGGAUUUGUGAUGGGCCUCAGUGUCAUUGGCUCUGUCUUCAACAUCACUGCAAUUGCUAUCAAUAGGUACUGCUGUAUCUGCCACAGCCUUGGCUACAAAAGGAUCUACGGGCGGAACACUGUCCUCUAUAUCUGCCUUAUCUGGGUCUUCACUGUCAUUGCCCUGGUGCCCAACUUCUUUGUGGGGUCCUUAAAAUAUGACCCCCGCAUCUAUUCUUGCACAUUUAAUCAGACAGCUAGUACCUACUACACCAUUGUGGUGGUGGUGAUCCAUUUCCUUGUGCCUAUCAUGAUUGUCACUUAUUGCUACCUGUGGAUCUGGGUGCUGGUGAUUCAGUCCAAGAGAAGGGUCAAGUUGACAAUGAAGCCCAGGCUGAAACCAAGUGAGGUCAGGAACUUCCUCACCAUGUUUGUGGUUUUUGUGAUCUUUGCCAUUUGCUGGGCUCCACUGAACUUCAUAGGUCUUGCUGUGGCCAUUAACCCUUUGGACAUGGCUCCCCGGGUCCCUGAUGGACUGCUUGCCACCAGCUAUUUCCUGGCCUAUUUCAACAGCUGCUUGAAUGCCAUUAUAUAUGGUCUUCUCAACCAGAAUUUUUGGAAGGAAUACAAAAAAAUUCUUUUGUUUUUAUGGAUACCAAGGUUCUUUUUUCAGGGCAAUUCCAAAGAUGGGACUGACAGUCAGAGGAACAAGCCUAGUGCUUUAAACAAGAACCACCCAAUAGAGACCAACACCUUGUAA